AUGUGUGUGACGUAUCCUUACUACCAGCCAGAGCGUGACAUACCCUCGCUCCGGGGAAAGGUCGUACUCAUCACCGGGGGCACCAUCGGCCUGGGCAAGGAGGCGGCCGCUCAGCUGUCUCAGAACGGCCGACCGGCGCAGGUGUGGAUCGCAGGCCGCAACGCCGAGAGGGCAGGGGCUGCGAUAGCCGAGAUCCGGAGGCGGCUGAGGAAAAAGCCCGGGCCGACGCCCACCGCCCACCCCGCCGCGCCUCCAUCGACGCUCCAGUCGUCGUCCUCCGGCUCCCGCACCGCCUCAACCACCUCGGUGGAGAGCACGGGGAGCUUGGCGCUGACGACGGUCACCUCGGCGGCGGCGGCGGCGGAGCAGGGCGGCCUCCCGGUGGACAGCAGCAGCUUCCUGGAGAUGAGCUCGCUGCGCCCCAACAGGAGUCACAUCGACCUCGGCAGCCGCAGCUUACGGACCGACAAGAUAGGGCGGAGCCUGCCUGGCAGCGCGUCGGGGAGCACGACGCGCAGCAACCUCGGGGGCGACGACGACGGCGACAAGCUGCACGACGAGACCGAGGUCUACUUUCUGUACAUGGACCUGGCCAACCUCGACUCGGUCAGGGACGCGGCGUCGCGGUUCCUGGCCUGCGUCGACCGCCUCGACAUCCUGAUCCUGAACGCGGCCGAGGUCUCGGUGCCUUCGGGCGUCACCGCCCAGGGGUACGAGCGGCACUUUGGGACCAACCACCUCGGGCACGCGCUGCUGAUCAAGCUGCUCAUGCGGCUCCUGGUGCGCACGGCGACGUGCGACUCGGUCGGGUCCGACGUGAGGGUCAUCUGCGUCAGCUCGUUUGCGCACCGCUUCACCCCGCCCGAGGGCAUCGACUUUGACAGCCUGAAGCCGGACCCAAGCUCCUUUACCGAUCCCGGGAGCGGCGCGGGAUCAACGCCCAACAACAACAACAACAACAACAACAGCACCAACAACAUCAGGCGGAGCGAGACGGACCAGACCGACCAGGAGGGCCGAGACGGCACAUACGACGGGGCAGCGACGUCGGGCAGCCAGCGGGCGCAGCGGCCCGUGUCGACGCUGCGGAGGCGGCGGUCGUCCAAGUCGGGCGGCGGGCCGCCGUCGCGGCUGCUGUACGGGCAGAGCAAGCUGGCCAACAUCCUGUACGCGCGCGAGCUGGCGGAGCGCUGCCCGCUCUUCACCACCGUGUCCAUCCACCCGGGCAUAGCCAAGUCCAAGGGGAACCGGCGGAGGGGCGGGUCGCGGGUGGUGGGCAGCGGGGCGGUGCUGGAGCGGUUCGAGCAGUGGGUCAUGCCCGUGCUCGGCGCGUCCAUCCACGAGGGCGCCAAGAACCACCUCUGGGCCGCCACGGGCCGCGGCAUCAGCAACGGCCUGUACUACGAGCCCGUCGGCGUGCCGGCCAGGCCGAGCGGCGUCGGCAACGACAGGGUCCUGAGCUGGAAGCUGUGGGAGUGGACGCAGAGGGAGCUGGCUGGGUAUAGCCUUUGA